AUGCCCGGUUUUGACGAGGCCGGCGAGAGGCUGGCGAAGAUGUGCCGUGAGUUGGAGGCGAGUGGGCAUAUGAAGGGCACGUCGGGGUGUGCCUCCAUGAGGGUUGGUCAUGAUGGUGAUGGGGUUCUGGUCACUCCCAGUGGGUAUCUGAAAGGGGAGCUCAAGGGCCUCGAGGAUCUGUUCCUG